AUGAAGGCGCAACUAGGAAGUCCCCUCCCACCUGGCGACAAACAUGCCGUCAGCGUCUAUCUCCCAACAUGGAAAGCCACCCUAGCCUGGGCCCAGCGGAAUCCUGAGCUUCUCGCCCAGAUGAAGACCGGAUACCCUCGAUUCUUCGUCCCCCUCAUCGUCCGCGAAUUCUCGGAGCGACUCCUCGCAUGGACAGCAUCAAAAAUACCUGCAGAUGACACGACGAAAGAACUGCGGUCGUUGCUAGCUGAGGCUGGGCGAUCGGCUAUGCUCUUUCCAGCUUAUCAUCUGGCCGACAUGGGCAAGAAAUACUUGCAGCUUCACACGGACCGUCCUGUUGUUGUCGUGCAAAUCACUUUCGACGGAAGUAUACGUACCCCCGACGCUGUUCCCCUAGAGGCUCCUGAAUCCAGCGCUGGAGAGACUUGUGCCGUGGUACAUCCUCAGGAACUUGCUGUCGAGGCCAAAGCUUUCUGGCAGCACACCGGCUAUGGUGUCUCGACUCGAAGAGCAACCUACUGGCUGGAGCACGCACCCUUCCUGAACAGUGGGAAGAGGAAAUUUGGCGUUGAUCUGCCGCUGAAAGAGUCCCAUGAUGCCAAAAUCACCCUUCAAAGACGAAUCGGCGACUUGCUGAGUACAGAAACCAACAAGCUUGCAACAGACGCCGUCUUUCUAUACCCAACUGGCAUGUCAGCCAUCAGUCACACUGCCGACGCUGUUCGUCGUCUCCAUGGAAGUAGCAAAGAAACCUUGAGAGUUGCAGUAUUCGGCUUUCUUUACGUCGAUACCUUCAAGGUCCUGAGCAAAGUCCACGGCUUCGACUGCAAACUCUACGGCCACGCAACCCUCUCUGAACUCGAGUCAGAUUUGGCAGCGGGGAUGAAGCUCGACGCACUCUACACCGAGUUCCCUGGAAACCCACUCCUCGGCUCCGUCGAUCUGGACAGACUAUACAAACUCGCAAACGAGUACAACUUCCUCUUCGUCGUGGAUGACACUGUCGCUACGUCGGUCAAUGUUGACCUCAUCUCGUCGUGCGACUUGGCGUGUACGAGCUUGACAAAGAUGUUUAGCGGUGCUUGCAACGUUAUGGGCGGAAGCAUAGCCCUGAAUCCGCAGUCGAAGCUCUUUACAAACAUGAAGAAAGUCCUGGAAGAUCUCUCCAUUGACACAUACUUUCCAUUGGAUGUGAUAUUCAUGGAAGAGAACAGCGCUGAUUUUGAAAAACGAGUCGUUGUCGCGAGCCGAAACGCAGAACGCAUAGCAGACAUGCUUAGGCAACACUCUUCGGUCGAUCAAGUAUACUAUCCCAAGGGUAACCCGACACAAGAUAUAUACGAACGGUUCAAACGGCCGGGGAAAGAGUAUGGCUAUCUUUUGUCAAUACGCUUCAAGAAACCAGAGGCCGCCAUCGCCUUCCAUGAUGCGCUAGACGUGGCCAAGGGACCGAGUCUGGGAACAAACUUUACACUCUGCUGUGCUUACGCCUUGUUUGCGCACUACUCCGAGUUGGAAUGGGCUGCAGAAUUUGGCGUCGUCGAGCAUUUGGUCCGUAUCAGUGUGGGCAUCGAGAGCCAGGAGGAGCUGGAUGAGCUUGUUGGAACGGCGUUGGCUGCAGCUGAUAGGAGUAUGGGUAGUAUCAUGAAUGGGAAGCUGUGA